GGGGUCCCCCCCGGGGCAGGAGCGGCCGCGGGGUGCCGGUCCCCCCCUCGCUCCCUGCUGGGGCUGAGGAAGCGCAGGGAGCCACGGAGUCGUUCUGCAUAUUAAUGAGCCGGCAGCAAGGGCAGCGGGAGCUGUUUUAAAAGAGGACAAGGAGAGGAAAGCGGCAGAGCGCAGGCAGAGCGCGGGCAGAGAGCGGGCAGAGAGCGGGCAGAGCGCGGGCAGGGAGCGGGCAGGGCGCAGGAGGCGCGCAGGAGGAGCGCAGGCAGUGGCAGGGCAUCAGCACCGCCGGGAACCGCUCUUUGCUGUCCUCUCCUUGGUGACAUCCAGCCCCAGGGACAAGGGGAUCUGGGAGACAAAGCCGAAGUGAGAAAAUUCAUUAAAAUCCCCGGCGUCUCUGCAGGUACCUGCUGCCUCACCAUGAAGCUCCUGACAGCAGCUUUGCUUCUGCUGUUCAUCGCGAUGUGCUUAGCCAGCGCAGAAGGCGUAAAGUGCAAAUGUUCAAGAAAAGGUCCUAAGAUAAGAUUCUCUAACGUACGGAAGCUGGAAAUAAAACCGAGGUACCCGUUUUGUGUGGAAGAGAUGAUUAUCGUGACUCUGUGGACACGGGUGAGAGGGGAGCAGCAGCACUGCCUGAACCCCAAACGCCAAAACACUGUGAGGCUGCUGAAGUGGUACAGAGUAUGGAAAGAGAAAGGCAGGGUUUAUGAAGAAUAAGAGGAAGCAGCAUGAGGAAUGGAAUGGACUCCCUUGGCUGGCAUAGGAUUGGGCUCUGCAGAAGGUUAUUUCUCUCACAGACAUAAGACACAAAUUCUAUAUUAUUAUAAAGCACUUUUUACCAAGGGUCAGUUUUUACAUUUUAUAGCCACGUGCAAAAGGCUUCCAGAUUUCACAAGCAUCUGUUGCACUUCAGAUUUCAUACCCAUCUGCUCCGGAAAACUCACGCUUUUCAUUUUCAAGAGAUCGGGGGUGUUUGUGUUUGGGUGGGGUUUUUUUGUUUGUUUGUUUUUAAUUGUUAUUCAUUCAUACUUCACUAUGAUUGCAAUCGAGCUUUAUAAGCUCAUUAGACAAACAGUAAUGUUUGUAAAGGUGUUAUACAGCCGCGUCCCUCACCCUUUCGCAGCGGGAAAGCUUCGGUGCUGCGGCUGUUGCUCACAUUUGCAGCCUCCACUUUAGUCGGGCUAAGCGGGGACCAAAGACAAGUUUGCUGGGGAAGAUGCCACCAAAAUGUCAUGGUUGUAACUGCAGAAGUGAGGUCCCUCAGCACAUCGUCAGAAGAGUAUCGACAUCGCUUGUGUACCUCUUCUUUAAUGGACUUGAGGGCUUGCUGCAGGAUGAAGCAUCUCAUAUCUCCUAUUUAACAUUUCAUGUCUUAGUAAUAAAAAUGACCUAGAAAUGCUUUCUAAGAAAAUGUUUAAUUUUUUUUUUCCACCUGAAGUUCUCACAGGAAGUUUGUGGCUUCAGUACUGAGACAUUUUAAGCUUCAAGACUAUGAUUUCCUAGAUUUGUAGCAACAACACCACAUUUAAAAGGUACCUUUUUAUGGAAAAUGAUAGGGUAAACAUAUAAAUACCUAUAUACAUUUUAGUCACAAUACAACAUAUUCAUUAUUUUGAAUGUAAUACUUCAAUGUUAAGCAAUGAAUUCAUCUUUUUAAAAUAACAAAACUACCUUUUCAUUUGUAAAUACACUAUAGGAAGUCUCCCUGUAUUAUCUUUCUGUAUAAUGUACUGUACUGCUAAAUUAUCAUAUGCUAUUUAAAUGUUGGAAAUAUUUAGAAGGUUGCAUGCAGAUUUCAUAUUUCUUUCUAAGACAAAUGAAAAAAAAAGUAAUAAAAAAAUAUAUUUAAAAAAAAA